AUGUUGUGGGAGGUUAAUAUGCUGAUGGAUUGGCAAUAUGCUGAAGGAAAGGACGAUGCAUCGGAGUGCCAAACUCCUUUAACCCUGUUUGUUUGUAUAUUGAAAAUUCUUGCUCAAGGAGAAUUUAUUGAAUAUCUUGCUCUUCUACUGUCUACUGUGCAGCUUUCUGCAUCUCAAACAGAGAAUGGCCAUUCUGCAAGACCUGCCAGAAGUAGUUCGGUCACUCAUGCUUCUCUCUCAUCUUGCUAUAUAUCUGAUCAUAACAAAACCUUGGUCCUUAAUACAAACUCUAUCUCAGUCACCUCAAUACCAUCAACCCCAAUCAAACAGCCAGUAACCCCUUCUACUGCAAAGACAUUGAUACCAGUCUCUUAUCCAUUGCAAACACGUUCAUUCACUCUUGUCAAAACUCGAUCAACCUCUGGCCCUCCAUGUAUUAAACCUGAACCAUCACAUAAUUCUAGGCCUGCAACUCCAACUUCUAGAUCUCAAUUCUCUACUAGUGCAAACUCAAACUCUAGUUUGGUGGCAGCCCAUUCAAUUUCCCGACCAUCAACGGCCACUUGCCUGCCAAUUUCUCGGGCAACAACAUCGGCCUCGACAGUACAGCGCUCUCCAUCUGUUGGGCGGCUUUCGGCUAGUAAUGGUCGAAUUCCACAUUCGGCAUCUUCUUCCUGUCCCAGCUCCCCAAAUCGACAGCCUCAAGUUCCAAAAGGUUCAGCAGCAUUUUCUUCUCGUCCCGUCUCCUCAUGGUCUCGGGCUCCAGUUUCUUCACCAUCUUUUUCUCGUCCCAGCUCCCCCCGACCUCGGGCUCCAGUGCAGCCAAUUGAUCUUCCAGAUUUUCCUAUUGAUGUGCCACCAAAUCUUAGGACAAAUUUGCCUGAACGUUCUCUAUCUGCCAGCAGGGCACGACCAGGAAUGGCACUUGCUGUCCGGGCAAAUUCAAAUUCUGAAGCAGUGGUUCCUUCCAGUUCAAAACGAAAAAUUUCUGUACCAUUUGAAUCUCGGAGCAAGUUCCCAGAAAAUACACCAAAGGCUCCUCUACACAGCAACACACUUCACUCCAAUUCACCUGAGGACCAAAAGCCUAUGGGAUCUGAAGCUGGACCUUGCAGGACUGCUAAACUGGCUUCUGCUACAGAGAGCACUGGAUUUGGAAGAACAAUUUCAAAGUCAUCACUCGACAUGGCUAUUAAGCAUAUGGACAUCCGCCAGAAGAGCUUUGGAGGCAUUCGGGGUGCAUCAGUUUUUCCUCAUAGUAUUCAGUCUACGAUGUCCAGUGGCCGAACUGUUGGAGCAUCAAAGACGACUGUUCCUGUCACUAAUGAUGGAAUUCUUGUUGAAAAUGGUGGUCAUAAGGAAACAUCUGGGGCCUUCAACGGAGCAGUAUCGUGCAACAUGAACACUGGUUCCAGAUCUUCAGAUUGGGAAAACCUCAUGACAAGGGAGAGAAUGGAUGAUGCAGAUCUACAUGGUAGCCACAAGUAUGACGUGAUCUUGAUGAAAGAGGACUUGAAGAACACAAGCUGGCUUCUUGGUGCUGACGAUAAAUCUGACCAGGGCUCGGUGUUUGAUCACCGAUUUGAGCCUCCGCCUGAACUCUUUGAUCCCCUAUAGCAAGUUUGUUCUUGUUAUCUGUGCAUGUUACUUUUUCAUUCAUAAUAGUCUGUUUUGUUGAUUUGUGAUUGGUGUUCUCUCAAAGGCCUGUUUUUGCUUACAACAAGAGGAUGCUGAUGUUGAUAUAUUUUUUAUCCAAUUGAUAUGAAUAGACCACAAUUCUUGAUCCAGUCCAUAAUGUAUAUAGUA